GCGCCAAGCAACACGCGGCGGAAGUUAGACAAGAAUGCCCCGGAUGAGAAGGUGAAAGGUCGUGUGGCAAGAUGGCUGCCCCCAUAGAUGACAUGUUUUCCUUCUGCGUGGAUCCCGGUAAAGUUGCUGGCGGCGUUGAUGUGAGAUUUAUAGACAACGUCAAGGGGAAAGGUCUGUUUGCCAAGAGAUGCAUCAAGAAGGGAGGGACUAUUUUCAUCGAGCGCCCACUCGUUAGCGCCCAGUUUCUGUGGAAUGCAGUGUAUAAAUAUGAAGCAUGUGAGUACUGUUUGCGAGCCCUGGAGACGGCACAGGACAAUGCAAGAAGGCUCACCAGGAACCCUGCCCUCAGCCUUCCUUACCCUGAACUCUGCAGGGUCCGACCAGAGCUCCACCAAGUCUGCCCUCAGUGUCAGGUGAUGUACUGCAGCGCUGAGUGUCGGCAAGCGGCAGCGGAUCAGUACCAUGGAGCGCUGUGUCUGGGUCCGUCCCAGGAUGAUCCAGACCACCCCAUCAACAAGCUGAAAGACGCAUGGAGGAGCGUUCACUAUCCUCCUGAGACCUCCAGCAUCAUGCUGAUGGCCAGAAUGGUCGCUACUAUCAAACAAGCCAAAGAAAAAGCACACUGGCAGAAGCUGUUCUCUCACUUCUGCAGCCGCACGGCCAACGAGGAGGAGGAGCUGGCCCACAAACUGCUGGGGGAGAAGUUCAGCAAUCAGCUGGUGUUUCUGCAGCGUCUUUUCAAAGAAGCUCUGUUCGACGAUCAUCUCAGUAGGUGGUUUGUUCCUGAGGGUUUCCGCUCACUCUUUGCUCUGAUCGGAACCAACGGGCAAGGCAUUGGAACAAGCUCCCUCAGUCAAUGGGUUCAUGCCUGCGAUGCAGCUGAGCUUCCUGACCAGCAGAGGGCGCAGUUGGACUCCUUUAUCGACCAGCUGUACAAAGACAUUGAGAGAGAAACGGGAGACUUUCUAAACUGUGAAGGCUCAGGUCUCUUUUUACUCCAAAGCUCAUGCAAUCACAGCUGCAUGCCAAACGCCGAGGCUUCUUUCCCGGACAACAACUUCCUGCUUCACCUCAGCGCCCUCAGCGACAUCAAUCCUGGAGAGGAGAUCUGCAUCAGCUAUCUGGACUGCUGCCAGCGGGACAGAAGCCGCCAUAGCAGACACAAAAUUCUGAGGGAAAACUACAUCUUCGUUUGCUCGUGUCUGAAGUGCGUCUCCCAGUCGGACGAGCCGGAUGUGACGUCUGAGGAGGAGGAAGAGGAGGAUGAAGAAGUGGAGGCUGAAGGUGAAACAGAGGGCGAUGAGAUGGAGGAUGAGAUGACUGACGUGUAAUUUAUUUCAAAAAGAACGCACUUUGCCGUCAUCCAUCAUCCGGCAGGACACGGGAUUAAACACGAGCUCCAUCUCACAUAUCCAGACCCUCAACGCCUUUCCCUGACCACUCAAUGUUUAUGGAAUGUGUUUAAACCUGCAGAAUACCAAGAAGAACUGAAAGAACCUCUUUUUUCCCAGUGGGUGCGUGGGUAAACUCCAGGUAUUCCGGCUUCCUCCCACAUUCCGAAAAACAUGAACAAAUCUGAAUUGUCCAUAGGUAUGAAUGUGAGUAUGAAUGAUUGUUUAUCUACCAUCACCUGAGGCGUUCAGGGUGUGCCCAGCCUCUCAGCAGAAAUCAGGUGUAAUAGGCUCCAGCAUACUUCAUGACUGUCGGAAAAAUGGACACUCUAAAGGCAGAACAUUACUACAGUGUUGUGGUGAUUUGGUGUGAAUAAAGUCAUAAAUAAUACGGUUAGAACAGCUCAUUCUUAUAUAUUUUUGAUGACUUUUCUUAGAAAUGUACCAUCAUUUCCUUACUAUACUACUAUAGUAUAGUGUGUAUAUACUGCUAUUUUUUAUUUUAUUUUUAUUUUUUUUUACACGCUUUGAACCCGGUAGCGGGCGGUCGAGUGGUUAGCGCGCAGACCUCACAGCUGGGAGACCAGGGUUCAAUUCCACCCUCGGCCAUCUCUGUGUGGAGUUUGCAUGUUCUCCCCGUGCAUGCGUGGGUUUUCUCCGGGUACUCCGGUUUCCUCACACAUUCCAAAAACAUGCUAGGUUAAUUGGCCACUCCAAAUUGUCCAUAGGUAUGAAUGUGAGUGUGAAUGGUUGUUUGUCUAUAUGUGCCCUGGGAUUGGCUGGCCACCAGUCCAGGGUGUACCCCGCCUCUCGCCCCAAGACAGCUGGGAUAGGCUCCAGCACCCUCAUGACCCUCGUGAGGAUAAGCGGUAGAAAAUGAAUGAAUGAAUGAACCCGGCAGCUUAAUCAAUAGUGCGGCUAAUUUAAGGCUGUAAGAAGUACAGUUUAACAGCACAGAGAUGAGAACUGCAGUUCUUCUAUCUACACUAUAUAAGUACAUAACUACACUCACAUGAUACUAUGAUUUGUAGUGCGAGUAGGGAAGAGGUGGACGAGAUGUUAGAAGAUUGGAGGUUUGCCUGGAAAGGAGAAGAAUAAAGAUUAGCCGUAGCAAGACGGAGUAUAUGUUUGUGAAUGAGAAGGACCCAAGUGGAUGAGUGAGGUUACAAAUGUUACGUUUACCGUUAUUGCAGCUUCUGCGUGGACUGCUUGGACAGCAGCAGCUGUUGAACUGCGGGGGGGCAAAAAAUAAUUAACAUGCACACCUGCUGUGUCUCCUGUGCUGUUAUUUGUUGCACUGUUAAGAAAAAAAAAACCAUCUGGUGCAGGGAACACGAGUGUAGGUAGAAUGACAAGGUUUAUAGUGUACCUUUCUGACAUGACAGCUGCAGCUUAAGUGCAGCCUACAUAUGUUACUUUUUUUCUGUCUGUUCUCAUUAUGACUUCGUGACUUCUCAUAACAUUUACGUCUUAUGUCGUAAAGCAACGUUAAGAUCGUUAUUUUAGUAAUAUUGCGACUCUCAGAAAAUCCAAGUUUAUUUUUGUAAUUCAAUUUUUCAAAUUACAAUCUGAUAAUUGAGUCCAUUCUUGUAAGAUUAUGACUUUGUUUUCCUCACAACAUUAUGAAUUUUCUAAAAUAAGUUUAUUUGUGGCGGCAUGGUGGACUAGUGGUUAGCGCACAGACCUCACAGCUAGGAGACCAGGGUUCAAUUCCACCCUCGGCCAUCUCUGUGUGGAGUUUGCAUGUUCUCCCCGUGCAUGCGUGGGUUUUCUCCGGGUACUCCGGUUUCCUCCCACAUUCCAAAAACAUGCUAGGUUAAUUGGCCACUCCAAAUUGUCCAUAGGUAUGAAUGUGAGUGUGAAUGGUUGUUUGUCUAUAUGUGCCCUGGGAUUGGCUGGCCACCAGUCCAGGGUGUACCCCGCCUCUCGACCGAAGACAGGUGGGAUAGGCUCCAGCACCCCCUUGUGAGGAAAAAGCGGUAGAAAAUGAAUGAAUCAAGUUUAUUUGUUAAAAAUAAUAAAUUCUGUCAGUAUCCUGA